UUUAUUAUGAGGUGCAUAAAUUGUGAACUUGAUCAUCUACAUGAUUCCAGAAUUUUGCAUGGCUUACCAAGAAAACUUGGAAAUGGGUGGUUCUCAAUUAAAGCUAAAGAACUGGAGCUGUAGGAAACUACUACAACCUUUGACAGGCAAUGCAUGAACCCUCACUUGUGUUUGACAACCUUCCCAAUGCCACAUAAAGUAUCAAUCCUCUCGACACCAUUUUCAUGCCUCGACAGCCUCACCCACCCCAUCUUCAUCGCUUCCUUUGCUGCCCCACAGGAUUCUUCGCUCUACUGGUCAGAUCAGGAUUCCCUUUUCCAAGUACAGUGUCCAGCGAUUGGCCUUAAAGAAGGCCGAUAUGUGAGCUUUUCACGUUCCUACCAACAUUUAAUCUGUGGUGAUUCUUAGUCAUACCAAUCGAACGGCUGGAGACGAAGGAAGGCAAGCCAAGGAACUCCCUACCUGCUCCCCCGUCCCCUAUAUGUACCGUUGAUCUCGGCAGUGGUGCCAUCAGAACGAACGGACUUCAACUAGAGGUCGACAUCAUGAACUCCGGCAACCAAACCGCCCUCUUCUCCUACAGCUCCAAUGCUUCCACCACCGCUAAUGUGGAGAUGGCUCGGAUCUUGACGGAGAUCCAGGUCUUGGAGCUCCUCUUUGCCAUCUCCAUAUUUGUGACCAUCCACUCGCUGAGGCAAGGGAGGGUUCGUGGCCUCGCGGUGUGGCCGGUGGUCGGCAUGUUGCCGUCCCUCCUCCUUGGCCUUCGCAAAGACAUGUACGAGUGGAUCACCGGCAUGAUCGACCGUCAGGGCGGCACGUUCAUCUUCUGCGGCCCGUGGUUCACCAACCUUCACUGUGUCAUCACCGCAGACCCUCGAAACUUGGAGCACAUUCUCAAGACCAAGUUCUCUAACUAUCCCAAGGGCGAGUACUUCCGCGACACUCUCAGGGAUCUCCUGGGCGACGGCAUCUUCAACGCCGACGACGAGACCUGGCGCGGGCAGCGCAAGACCGCCAGCCUCGAGUUUCACUCCUCGGCGUUCCGGUCCAUGACGGUGCAAUCCCUGUUGGAGCUCGUCCACUCGAGGCUCCUCCCGGUGCUGGCGGAGGCCCACGAGCACCGGAAGCCUUUCGAUCUCCAGGACGUGCUCCUGCGACUGACCUUCGACAAUGUGUGCAUGAUCGCCUUCGGCACCGACCCGGGCUGCCUGCGCCCGGGGCUGCCGGAGAUACCUUUCGCCAAGGCCUUCGAGAACGCCACCGAGGCAGCCACCAUACGCUUCCUGACUCCGACGUCCAUAUGGAAAGCUUUCCGCUACCUCGACUUCGGGAUCGAGCGAUGCCUCCGGCAGUCCAUAUACCGCGUAGACGAGUUCGCCUACGAGGUGAUCCGGAGGAGGAAGAAGGAGCUCGCAUCGGGCGAGCCAGAAAAGGCAACCAGAUCCGACAUUCUGACGUCGUUCACGAAGCUAAGUGACGAAACCGGGAACCCAUACUCCGACAAGUUCUUGAGAGACAUAUGCGUCAACUUCAUACUCGCCGGCCGCGACACCUCGUCGGUGGCCUUGGCCUGGUUCUUCUGGCUGCUGAGCCAGCACCAGGAGGUGGAGGACAGAAUCCUCAAAGAACUAAGGGAGAUAAUAGCUGAGAGGGAAGGAGAAGGAGAAGGUGAGUUGGUGUUCAAGCCAGAGGAAGUGAAGAAAAUGGAGUAUCUGCAUGCAGCCUUGAGGGAGUCUCUCAGACUGUACCCUUCAGUGCCAGUGGACCACAAGGAGGUUGUGGAAGACGAUGUGUUCCCUGAUGGCACGGUGGUGAAGAAAGGAACAAAGGUGCUCUACGCGGUCUACGCCAUGGGAAGACUGGAGAGUAUAUGGGGGAAGGACUGCAGGGACUACAAGCCGGAGCGGUGGCUCAGGAAUGGGCGCUUGGUGAGCGAGUCAGCGUACAAGUUCCCGGCCUUCAACGGGGGGCUGCGGCUGUGCCUGGGGCGGGACUUCGCCUACUACCAGAUGAAGUUCGUCGCCGCAUCCAUCCUGCACCGCUACCGGGUGGAGGUGGCGGCCGACCACCCCGUGGAGCCCAAGAUAGCGCUCACCUUGUACAUGAAGCACGGCCUGCUGGUCACCCUCCGCCGGAGAGACGAAGCUUAGCUCCCCGAGAAGUAAAAGAGUGGAGAAGACGAAUUAAGCCAAGCUAAUGGCGUAGUACCCGUGCAAGUGUGAAAAGUAUGUCGUAGUAUUGUUGUGUUUCUGUGCGAUCGAUAUUGGACGCGUGCAAGUAUGAAAAGUAUGCUGUAGUAUCCCAAGAUUGGAGUGACCGUGAUAGCAAGAAGUAUAUCAUAUCUUUAAUGUCUGUACUUUUAUUUAA